AUGGCGACCGCCUCAACCGUUGAGACCAUGCUCGACAGAUCGAUGGCCAGUGGCGACCAAACCCCUACCACCCCGACCCUCGCCACCCUACCCUCCGACCGACCAUCAAGCCACUCCAAGAGCGAAGAACACACACCAAAUACCCCAACACGGCAAAGUUUCGCGGCACCGACAUUCCUCGAUCAACCCACCACUCCCGCUCGACGGGAAGCCCCCCUCCCCACCACGCCGCAAUCGUCCUUGAAGCGCGAUGAAAUGCACCGCUCCCCCGAGCCGCAGUCAAUCGUCGGCGAGGAUACCGAGAUGGCAGAAGGCGAUGACGACAACAUGGGGGAAGAUGGCGGAUCCGACGUUGACAGUGUAACAAGCGACUCGCAACGCCCUUCCAAGAAGAAGAAGGGGCAGCGCUUCUUUUGCACCGAGUUUCCACCCUGCCAACUUAGCUUCACCCGGAGUGAACAUCUGGCAAGACACAUUCGGAAACACACCGGGGAACGACCCUUUCAAUGCCAUUGCUCUCGCCGUUUCUCAAGACUCGACAACCUUCGUCAGCAUGCGCAGACGGUUCACAUGAACGAGGAGAUACCGGGAGACUCACUUGCCGCCACCAGCACUCGCUUUCAGCGUCAAAUCCGGACUGACCGGGUCCGACCUCCGACGAAUCGCUCACGAGCGUCGACGACCGGCAGCAACGGACCACCUAGUCGAGGACACAGUCGGAAUCUGUCGACUUCAAGCAUUGGCUCGACCACAUCCAGCCUGGGUGGGUCGGAGGAGACAAGAAAACGACCACCACCACUCGCUAUGGCCUCGGACGCCUCCGCGCGAGCGCGACUGUCUCUGGAAUCUUACAACAACGCCAUGGCCAGUCCUGGCCAUCAGCAAUAUCCCUACUACAACCAGUCGCCAUCCCAGCUCAGCACACCAACCUCCACUACCUUCUCCAUCGGGCAAGGCAGUCCGCGUUUCCAAUCUGGCAUGCCAUCUCCGGUAUCCACAAUAUCGCGCUCGUCUUACUACAACGGCCCACGCCACAGUCGACGUUCGUCAGUGCCAAUCGCUCCCGUUCCUUUCCAGCAUCCGAGCGCCAGCAACUACCCGCCUCCGAUGUAUUACAGCCCGAUGCCGCCCGCAAGUCCGGGUGGAUAUUCCCAAGCCAGUAGUAUUCUAGCAAGUCCUACCAGCUCCGUCUUCUCUCACAGUCGAAGAGAUUCAGAGACUGAGCUGGAGAUGCGACGAAGAACAUGGCAUCCCGGCACCUACUCCGGUUACGCAAUUUACGCGCAGCGACCGCCAACCAGCGGGUUAUCGUACCAGCAGACCCCGGAUGACCACCGACCUGCUCCGUCACAUCAACGUGCCGCCAGCCAAGUCACCAGACUGCCGGGCAUCGAGAGUUUCGAUCACGCCCCUCCCGGAGCCAGUCAACACCCACCCGAUCCCAUGGCGAUCGAGUCUGGCCCUCCAAGCUCCGGACGGCCGUCUGAUGCCGGACUCCACCAAAAUCUGACGCGUCUCGACAUUGCAGCCGCCAACGAUACUCUGCAAGAAGGGCAUGUGCACUGGCAAGCCAGGCAGCCGCCACAGCUCGGUCCCCCGGCGUACAUCGGUGCUCAACAACCAGUCGUGAUUCACCAGGACCCGCACGCCCAGCCAGCACCACGGACUUCUACUGCCGAAUCGCCAGUAACGCCACGCAGGAACAAACGCCAGGCAUGGUAUGGCGGCCCUGUGGGUGGUCCCGUCACGCCCCAUGCAGUACCACGCCGCUCGCCGGAAGACUCGGGAAGCAGUGACGGUGUACCCACGCCUGGCACCUCGCAAGGCACCGAGUACCAUCCGGUGAUCAUCAACCCGCACGGCGGCAGCAUAGCCGCAGAUUCCUAUGCCAGCAGCGCACAUGAUGAGCAGCAGAAGGUACGACAUCAGUUCUCAGCAGCAGCAGCACCAAUGAUGACCUUGAAAACUGACUUUGACCUCCAGUCCUACCUUCAUACCAGCCCCAACCAUCACCAUGCUCAUCCUCACCAUCAUCAUCCGCCUGCCGCACCACCUCCACCGCACCAGACAUACGACUUGCAAGCCGCGCAGCACAAUGAUCCACGUUACGCCGCCGCUGGCGCUCCUGCGAACAACUCCUACUCACCACCACGGCCUAACAACAACGACAUGGGUCGCUUAAAUGCACUCGUGGCCGUGGCAACUAGCGAGAACCGCGCAGUCGAGCGGUCAUAG